CGCCAUCUUCUGACCGCAGGGACACUGCAGUGCACAUGGGUGCACUUACACUCAUGUAGACAACACGCACAUGAAAUAAAAAAAAUAAAAAAUAUAUAUUAAAAAUACUUUUUAAAGUUGAGUUUUCCCUCUGUGUAGCCAAAGGUUGCCUUAAACUUGUCUCUGCUUCCUGAGUACGGGGAUUAUGGGUGUUUGCCAUUUAUCUGGUCUUAAACCCUUCUGAGAGGAGGAAGUGGAUGAAAAGAAGCGUAUUUUAAAUAAGCAUUGUCUCUAACAAUUCUGAGGAAGUGCUGAGAGUAUCUUAGCUAUCUCUGGGAAAUAAUUUUCUUUGCCUAUCACAAAUUCAACCAUAUUUAGUAAACUAUAAAAAUAGUUUCCAUGUAACUUGCUAUAUAAAGACAUCCUAAAUACUCAAAGUAGAAAUUCAGCCAAACAGGGAAAAGUUGGUGGAGACAUUGUCUCACUACAUAGCUGUGACUGUCCUAACAUUGACUAUAUCAUCCACAUUGGCUAUUCACUCUAGGCAAUCCUCCUGCCUCAGCCCUGUGAGUGCUGGAUUAUAAGCAUGCACAAAUACACACAGCCAAGAAUUUUGAAAUGCUCAUAUAAUUCUUAAAAAGUGUUUUUCAUUGCCAAACAUGGUCUAUGAUUAAAGAAUUAAAAGAUAGGGCAGCAAGAGUUUUGCAUAAAUUCUGUUACGUAUAAACACUUUCUUAAUUACAACACUAAUGGUUUCAAGUUUGUCAUAAAUAUAUACAUUUCUCUACAUUGCGCAAUACGGGGAAAAGAUAAAGCAUCUUCAAAACAUUUAAGCUUGAAUACCAACUCAUGCGUAUAUUUUUUAAAAUUAAUAAAAGUGACAGACAGCAACUAGUCAUUUCCAAAAUGACAUUCAUUAAUCGUAUGAUAUUUUUUGCUAGUUUGUUACUCUUCUUAAAGCGUCUUUAAAGCAACAUUCCUAGGAAAUUGUGUCCUCUUGUGGUCAUUGGCAAAAACAACAUGUUUUCUGCAGGAAGACCCAAAUCAAACAAUGAGAAAAGAGGAUCUAAGGUGUCAGGAAAAGUCAUCUGUGAAGAAAGGGACAACCCCGAGGGAAGAGUGGUGAACAUUACAAAUAAUCAGAAAGGACAAAUAACCUGGAAAUGCAGUGUGAAGUGUUCAGUUUCUACUUAAAUUACUGAUCAUCAGAUGGCUAAAAAGCAAUAGGAUUAUGUGGCAGGACAGUGAUUGUGUUAAAAAAUCUGAGUAGUGGAGUAUUCCUUAGGCUUUUUCUUCAGUUAUCAGAGCAACUCUGAAAUUACUUGUGAAUGUGUAUUUCAAUCAGGUCAACUGGCAGUGAGAUGGGAUCCCAACUCUCCAAGCUGUACACUUACCAUAGCUCUAAAAAGAAUAAAUGAAAAAUAAGGGAAAUUUCAAGGCCCUACGUAUUUCUUGGCCUUGGCCUUCCUCUUUCUACAGGAUAUACACCUCUUAAGCCCAUCCUCAUUUCAAAGACACAAUGUCCAAUAUUUUAAUGGCUAACAUUUAUUUGAAGUUUUUAUUUGCUCAUUUGAGGAACUCUGAAUCCCUUCAAUUUCUCCCGAUUUAAUUUUUUUUCAUUUUCUUUCUGGAUUGAAGGUUUUAAACUUUAGAACUUCAGUUCAUUAUUCUUAAGGAAAUUCAGAAAGAUAAAAGUAGAAGCAAUUAAGUUCAUGAACUAGGCCAUCAUUAACAGGAAUACAGGCUCAAACAUCACUAAAGCUAUCUGCAUAACCAAAGAAUUUGGUUUGACACAUUUGAUUAGAGUCACUGGUGUUGCUACAAACAUUGUAUUACACUUCAAUAAAACUAUCUCAUUGAAAUAUCAAACUGGGUGACCCCUGUAGAGUAUCCAAAAUUAGACGAAAUCUAAGCUGCACAGCCUCACCUAUGAUCUACUCAGUUUGCGCUGCGCCCCCUUCUGCAGGAGCGCUCCUAAGAUUCAUCUAAACAAUUCAAAGGAAUCAGUUCAUAGACAGAACUUCAAACCUACAAACAGGUGAUGUGCCAUCUGAAGACCAAGGAGAAAGGCACAGAGACAGAAUGAAGUACUCACCCUCCUGCAAACUCAACUCUAAAAUUUACCAACUUGCAACAAUUUUGCAGUGUAUUUCUUUUUCUUAUCUAAAAGAAAUGCUAAAAUACCAGUGCCCAUUGAAGUCCUAAGGAUAAUUACAUAGAUAGUGUGUGCUCAGAUUGAGAUUUCUAACUCUUCUAACACUAUUUUCUCUCAUUUUUUAGAAAAAAACAGAGAACACAUUCCUCAGGAAGAACUGUAAGCAUGCCAAGUUUGCAGUUUAAAAACAUAGCUUGUUUUGAAUUAUCCAAGUGCAGAAGAAAAUCUUUGUUGUUGUUUUCAGCUAACAUUUUUUUCAGAGACCCUUCUUAUUUUAGAAGUAGGCAAAAUGAUUGGAUGCUGAUUAAUCUUUCAUUCCCAAAGAAAGCAGUCUCCAGCAGACAUCCUUCCAGUCAGAUUGAGAGAAGCCUUAAAGGAAAACUUGUAAAACUGUUCCUAAAAGGCCAAAAUUGGUAUUUGAGAAUGAAGGAAAAACUGGGAAUCCCACUGCAUAGAUGGAAUAUCCAGAAUUAUAUCUACCCUGUCAACGCAGACAAAGAGGCCCAUUGGUGCCCAACAAGGGCAGAAAAGAAAAUCAUUAAGAAAAUGUCAAAAGGACCUGCACAUGGGCAGACUGGGGAACCCAUGUCCUCUUGUCACAAUUUGCACAGCAUGUAUGAAGUCCUGGAUGAUUCCAGGACAUGAUUCACCUAGCAAGCUCGAAAUGCAAAUUCCAGCCCUACUUAAAGAGUCGCUUCAUCCUCCACCCCUCAGAAGAGAGGAAUUUUUGCUCAGAAAAUAAUCCGUUGUGACCCGGUUCGAAAUAUUCCAUUCAUUCAUUUUAAACUCUCUCCUAAGCAUUCUGGCACCAGGAACUUGGCCUCCGUUGUGUUCCAGCAGCACAGAAAGGCCAGGCGCUUUCUGCUUCUGCCACUUGCUGCAAUGGUAGAACUUUCUAAUGGCCCCCGGUUAUCCUCCACUUCCCCCCUCUCAGGUUCAGUUUCCUUUUCUCUUCCUUGUCUUCCUUACCCAUGCCCAGGAAGGAGGGGGUCUUAACAUUCGAUUUCUUUUUAAUUUUUGAUACUCAGCUAAAAACAAAAAUGAUUUUUGAGGUUAAUGUUAACGGGAAAAAAACAAGAUAGCUAAAAUGGAUUUUUUUUAAGAUAUCCAAAGUCUUUUAAAAACGUAAUUGCUAUGUGCUCUGAAAUUCACAUUUACAAAACAGACCUUUUGGUAAAGAAUGACCAGAAUUUCUGCCAUGUUUUGUUUCCAAGAGAUACAUUCUUGUCAGUGAAGAUGCAAAUACAAGUGUGUAGGGUGACUUUAUUUUGAGAAGAAUUGGCUACGUGCUAUUAAAAUUAAGUGCAGGUCAAGUCGAAUCUGAUUUUCAGCCAGACUGUCAUUUUAAAAUAUGGCAGCGGCGGGUGAGACAGGCCAGUUGGCACGCUGUGGUCAUUUGUUUCUCAAUAUCUCUAAAAACAGUGCAGGACAACCUCAUGGGGUCUCCCCUCCCUUAACAGCAUAGCCCUAUUUACUCUUCUCAAAUGAGGUAACUCUUGCCUUCACAUUCCCACAAAGGCGGAGCCCUAGGACCAGUCCAAGGCACUCCAUAUCCCAGUGUUUCCGGGACCCAGUUGAGAGCUUCAGAGGAGCACAGCCACGUGGCCUGCCCGUGCGAAGCCAGGGCUCCCUCCUCCUUCUUCUGGUCCAGCCCAGAAAGGGGCAUUUGCUGAGCUAGCGGUUCCUGGGGGUUGCAACCGGGACUGAGGACCGUGAGGUGGGCAAGUACCUCUGCCCGGGAAGGGAACACCAGAGCUAGGCACACACAAUGCAGCGCCUGCAGACUCUGCCCUGAACUCUCACUGCUGCCUUCGGCCCUGAGUUUGCCCUUGUUAAGUAGGGGCUUACCAUGAACCGGCUACCUGACCCACAACUCAAGUUUGAAUACUACAAGCGCAGGCUUCUCUCCCAAAGCCGCUUCCCCGUCCCUCUUUUCUUCGUUGCUUCCAGCUCACGGGACUCUGUAUUAAUGCCCUCUUUAGGUCUCCGGGAUUCCGUGUAUUGGAUAGAAUUGCUUCCAUGUACACGUCUGAGUUCUGGGAAUGUGUUUGGGGCGCUCCUAUCGUAAUUACCCGUGCUACCUCCUAGGAAAGGGCCCUGGGAUGCACUUGGAACACAGAUCCCUGAAAAUGCUGCCUCUGUUGAGCCUCCGCAUCACCCUUUUAUGAACGCGGGGCCUAAUUUUGGGGUGAAGGGGAUGAAGGCUAGCAGCGUGGAGAACGUGGGCCACCGAGAAGGCUGUUCUCCCCUUGCCUGGCUUUGCGCCCUUCCCCUGGGACAAGGCUUUUCUCAGGACAAGAAUGAGCUUCUGCCUCCUUUUAGCACCUUCGGAUGCAAUCUUUUGAGAGUAGCAAACUUUAGAUUGGGUCACUGUAGCGGGAAUGGAGGGUCCAGAUGCUUCUCGCUGAGUGGUGAGACCGCAGAACGGAACACAGAUCCACAGUUCCCACGGCGUAGCCACGUCUUCAGACCGCCCCGGCGAAUCCCUGGGGAUCCAGGGCUUUCUCUACCUGACCUUUGGGUGGGCUCCGCGUCUAACACUUUGUUACCACUCAUCCCCCCCCCUCCCGCCCCCCAAACAGGUCUGCACCACAGCCAUCCCCAAUCCGCCCUAGGACUCCGAGGGAUCUUGGGCGGGAUGAGACAUCACCCAGUGAGUCGAAGCUGUGGCCACCGCUGCUGUCACAGCCAUUCGGUAGAGGCCGUCCUCUCCGGCUGUUUGGUGGUGCCGCGCUCGGGUGCUGGGGCGCGGGGCGCGCGGAAGGAAAUGGGCCCACGCUGGGCCCGGAACGAAGGGGAGGGCGGGGCGGCGAGAGGCCGCCAGGGCCAGGCCAAUGACACCGCUGCCCCCAAACUCUCCGCCUGCACGCAGCUAUAAGAGCCUUCCCGUCAGCAGCCUGCGCCCAGCAUCCAGACACCUCGCGGGCUCGCCGGCACCGGCUCCCGGAGGCGAGC